CCUUAUGUGGGUCCAAUUUCCGGGGGACUGAGGGCAGGAACGGCCUUGUACUUAAAGGGAGUUGCUAGUACUAAAGGUGAUCGGUUUACAGUAAACUUCAAGACUGGGCAGGGUGACAAUGAUGACAUUGCUUUCCACUUCAAUCCCCGAUACAACUCGAAUGUGGUCAUGAACACCUUCAGAAAUGGAGGAUGGGAGGCUGAGGAAUUUGGUCCUAACAACCCCUUCAAAAUGGGAGAAGCUUUUGAGAUUUUUUUUGUGUUCAAGCCUGAAGGAUAUCUGGUAUAUGUGAAUGGCAGGGAGUACUAUCUGUUCAAACAUCGUAUUCCAUUGGAAAAAGUCUCAGUGUUGAAUAUUGCUGAAGAUGUUGUGGUGAACCUUGCUGGCUUCAUACAAAACUGGUAUAGUCUUGGCUUUUUGCGCUGGGGCCUUUCCACCAUACAGUCAGAGUUCUCACUUCCAGUCCAAAAUCCUUCCCUUCCCUAUGUGGGUGCAAUUCCUGAGGGGCUGAAAGCAGGACUGGCCUUGUACUUUCAGGGUGUUGUUGGCACUACAGGUGACCGGUUUACAAUAAACUUCAAGACUGGGCGGUCUGACAAGGAUGACAUCGCUUUUCACUUCAAUCCACGACACAACUCGAUUGUAGCUCUGAAUAGCUUUAAAAAUGGAGGAUGGGAGGCUGAGGAAUCUGUCCCUGACAACCCAUUUAAAGUGGGACAAGCUUUUGAGAUGUUUAUUGUCAUCAAGCCUGAAGGAUAUCAGGUAUACGUGAAUGGCAAGGAGUGCUACCUGUUCAAACACCGUAUACCUCUGGAAAAAGUGUCAGUGAUAAACAUUGAAGGAGAUGUUACAAUGAACCUGUUUGCCUUCAUACAAAAAUGGAGCACAUCUUUAUUUGCCACGCAACUAAGGGGCUUCUUGCGCUGGUCUCCUUCCACCAUACAGUCGGAGCUCUCGCUUCCCGUCCAAAAUCCUGCCCUUCCUUAUGUGGGUCCAAUUUCCGGCGGACUGAGGGCAGGAACGGCCUUGUACUUAAAGGGAGUUGCUGGUACUAAAGGUGAUCGGUUUACAGUAAACUUCAAGACUGGGCAGGGUGACAAUGAUGACAUUGCUUUCCACUUCAAUCCCCGAUACAACUCGAAUGUGGUCAUGAACACCUUCAGAAAUGGAGGAUGGGAGGCUGAGGAAUUUGGUCCUAACAACCCCUUCAAAAUGGGAGAAGCUUUUGAGAUUUUUUUUGUGUUCAAGCCUGAAGGAUAUCUGGUAUAUGUGAAUGGCAGGGAGUACUACCUGUUCAAACAUCGUAUUCCAUUGGAAAAAGUCUCAGUGUUGAAUAUUACUGGAGAUGUUGUGGUGAAUCUUGCUGGCUUUAUACAAAACUGGUAUAGUCUUGGCUUUUUGCGCUGGGGCCUUUCCACCAUACAGUCAGAGUUCUCACUUCCAGUCCAAAAUCCUUCCCUUCCCUAUGUGGGUACAAUUCCUGAGGGGCUGAAAGCAGGACUGGCCUUGUACUUUCAGGGUGUUGUUGGCACUACAGGUGACCGGUUUGCAAUAAACUUCAAGACUGGGCGGUCUGACAAGGAUGACAUCGCUUUUCACUUCAAUCCACGACACAACUCGAUUGUUUCUCUGAAUAGCUUUAAAAAUGGAGGAUGGGAGGCUGAGGAAUCUGUCUCUGCCAACCCAUUUAAAGUGGGACAAGCUUUUGAGAUGUUUAUUGUCAUCAAGCCUGAAGGAUAUCAGGUAUAUGUGAAUGGCAAGGAGUACUACCUGUUCGAACACCGUAUACCUCUGGAAAAAGUGUCAGUGAUACAUAUUGAAGGAGAUGUUACAAUGAACCUGUUUGCCUUCAUACAAAAGUGGAGCACAUCUUUAUUUGCUACGCAAUUAAGGGCCUUCUUGCGCUGGUCUCCUUCCACCAUACAGUCGGAGCUCUUGCUUCCCAUCCAAAAUCCUGCCCUUCCUUAUGUGGGGCCGAUAUCCGGUGGACUCAGAGCAGGAACAGCCUUGUACUUAAAGGGAGUUGCUGGUACUACAGGUGAUGGGUUUACAGUAGACUUCAAGACUGGGCAGGGUGACAAUGAUGACAUUGCUUUCCACUUCAAUCCCCGAUACAACUCGAAUGUGGUCAUAAACACCUUCAGAAAUGGAGGAUGGGAGGCUGAGGAAUUUGGCCCUGACAACCCCUUCAAAAUGGGAGAAGCUUAUGAGAUUUUUUUUGUUUUCAAACCUGAAGGAUAUAUGGUAUAUGUGAAUGGCAGGGAGUACUUCCUGUUCAAACACCGUAUUCCAUUGGAAAAAGUCUCAGUGUUGAAAAUUGCUGGAAAUGUUGUGGUGAACCUUGCUGGUUUCAUACAAAACUGGUAUAGUCUUGGCUUUUUGCGCUGGGGCCUUUCCACCAUACAGUCAGAGUUUUCUCUUCCAGUCCAAAAUCCUUCCAUUCCUUAUGUGAGCAAAAUUCCCGAAGGGCUGAAAGCAGGAUUGGCUUUGUACUUUCACGGAGUUGCUGGCACUACAGGUGACCGGUUUAUAAUAAACUUCAAGACUGGGCGGUCUGACAAGGAUGACAUCGCUUUUCACUUCAAUCCACGAUACAACUCGAUUGUAGCUCUGAAUAGCUUUAAAAAUGGAGGAUGGGAGGCUGAGGAAUCUGUCCCUGACAACCCCUUCAAAAUGGGACAAGCUUUUGAGAUGUUUAUUGUCAUCAAGCCUGAAGGAUAUCAGUUAUACGUGAAUGGCAAGGAGUACUACCUGUUCAAACACCGUAUGCCUCUGGAAAAAGUGUCAGUGAUAAACAUUGAAGGAGAUGUUACAAUGAACCUGUUUGCCUUCAUACAAAACUGGGACAGAUCUUCAUUUUUUAUGAAAUUGAAGGUUUUGGUGCUCUCAGCCCCUUCCAACAUAUUCUCACAACUCUUACAUCCAGUCAAAAAUCCCAAAAUGCCCUAUCUGGGCCCAAUUCCCGGGGGAGUGAAACCAGGCAUGUGCUUCUAUUUGCAAGGAACUGUUCUUAGUAACGCUGCCGGGUUUUCAGUAAACUUCAAGGCUGGGCAGGGUGAGAAUGAUGACACUGCUUUUCACUUCAACCCACGAAUUAACUCGAAGGUAGUCCUGAACACCUUCAGAAAAAAAUGGGAGACUGAGGAAUUUGCCCCAACCAACCCCUUUAAAAAAGGACAGGCAUUUGAGUUGUACAUUUUCUUCACACCCCAUGGAUACACGGUACAUAUGAAUGGCCAAGAACUCUGCACGUACAAGCACCGCAUGCCUUUGGACAAAGUAAAUACACUGUUGAUCAAGGCUGAUAUCACUGUUGGCAUCUGCGGGUUUUUGAAGGGCAUGGAAGGUGGUUUUAUGUCUUUUUCCACUGUUAAACAAGCUCAGCCUAUUAUGGUAGGGGGUUGUAUCCCUGUCCCUACUCAGCACUCUCAUCAAGUUACGGGAGGUGCUUGUGUCACUACUCAUCAUGGUUCCUUUCCUCAUCCUCACGGUCAUGGUCAGGGUCUUGGUCACGGUCUUGGUCACGGUCUUGGUCUCGGUCAUGGACAUCAUAAAAAGUGAAGUUUACACAUCUAAAUAUUCACACAUUAUGCAUGACAUUGGCCUCAGUCUAUGGCCAUGACAUCACUGUUAUUGAUGUUUUGAAAAUGUCAAAUAAAUCUUAAACACCUUG